UAAGAAUCCUCGUUGGUUCUUUUGGAACAGUGUUCCCUCUACUCUCUCUCUAUUUUACUUGAAGAGCACCCGUUGAUCCUUUCUCGCGGUUUUGUCACUUGCUUGUUACCGUUGCCACACGCCCUGAGAAACGAAAAUAUUUGGCAAUGGAUGGACGGAAUUUUCGCGCGAUUGAUUCACAUUAUGUAUUUGACAGUUCUGAGGUGCGUUUCAGGCAUGCUGGCCCUGUACCACACACAGGUCGGCAAAUGUAUCGACGCAAUAGAAGAGGACUUUCCAGAACAACUCUUGGACGGGGAAAUUUUCCUGCCAUUGAGUUAGUCCAAGUUGAUGGUGUCGCGGUGCUUGUUAAUCAUUAUAUAGACACGGAAUUGCGCGUUGAAGAUAUGUCUUAUGAGGGAUUGAAUGCAUUGGGCCAGCAGAUUGGCCAUGUAAGCACUGGUUUAUCAGAGGAAAUAAUAACCAAUCAAAUGAAGACAAAAACAUAUUUAAUGGCUGCUAGUGCUGUUAAUUUGGAGGAGGCAACUUCUCAGGAGGUAGAAGCUGAUGUUUGUAUAAUAUGCCAGGAUGAAUACAAGAACCAAGAUAUGAUUGGAGUUCUUCAAUGUGAGCAUGAAUAUCAUGCUGAUUGUUUAAGGAAAUGGUUGCUUGUGAGGAAUGUCUGCCCCUUGUGCAAAUCAGAAGCAUUCAUUCUAGGGGUGUAACUCAGAAGGAAAUUAGGACUGUACUUCCCAAAAUCUCAGCCCAACAAGUUAUUGGAGAACACAGAAAAGUAAUUUAAAGCAGCUAGUUGAGCUAUGCUGACAUCGAAGUACUGCAGUGACUUGAGGUUUCCUAUUUCUCUGGGAAUGGUUCCAGUGAGCUCAUUCAUGGAAAGUGUUAUGAAUACAAUGUUUGUAAAUUUGAAAUUGCUGAGUGAAUUGUACCAGAAAAGUGGUUAUCCGAAACUUCUAAAUCUAUCAUUUCUCUCGUGCUUCCAGUCUCUUUAGGAAUAUUCA